AAUAGAUAUUAAAGGUGCUUUUAAUUGCGUGUCACCCUCUAUUUUGAUGAGACAAUUACACGAUCUGGAUGUGCCUUCUCGUAUUUAUAACUUUAUAGGUUUUUUAAUUUCGAAGAGAAAUCUCUUUUUCCAACAUGAUUUGAGUAAAUCUGAAACUUGUGGUGUGGGUGUCCCCCAAGGUGGAGUUCUCUCUCCGAUAAUAUUUAAUCUUAUUUUAAGGGAACUUUUUAAUCAACUUCCUUUGGGAGUUAAAGCAGAAAUGAACGCAGAUGAUCUUCUUAUCCAUGUUAGAUUUACUUCUGCUGCGGAAGCCAUUGAUCUUUUGAAUACUACUGUUGCAAUUUUGUCGGGGUGGUUGGGUUAUGCAAUUUCUGUCUCGAAAUGUCAGUUGGCUUUGUUUUCGAGAUCUCAAAUCAAUGCAGGAGACAUAGAAUUGGUUAUUGAUGGGCAAACAUUGACGGCUGUGAAUUCAAUUAUGUAUCAUGGAAUUAUUUUGGAUAGAAAAUUGUCUUGGCUCCCACAUAUUAAAUAUAUUGCGGGUAGAGCAACUGCUGCGGUCAAUGUGUUGAAGGCUAUGGCUAAGGUUUCUUGGGGUGCUGAUCCAUCAUCAUUACUAAUGGCAUAUAGAGGUCUUGUCAGGGCUCAUUUAGAAUGGGGGGCUCCCCUUUUUAUGUGUGCUAGUCAAACUAACUUAAAAAUCUUAGAUAAAAUUCAAUAUUCCGCGUUAAGUGUUGUUUUGGGGUAUAUGAUUACAACCCCCAUUAGUGUUCUGCUAUCUGAGUGUGACAAGCCUCCUCUGUACCUUCGUAGAUUGAUGUUGACUGACAGAUUUUUACUACGGUGUGCUGCUUGGCGUGCUAACCCUUUAAUUUUUAAGUUGCAGUUGCUGUAUGAGAGGUCUUUAACUAAAAAAUUUCGCAAUUUUAACUUUGUAAAGUUGUCACUUUUUUCUUCAUAUAUAAGAAUACGUGGUUUAUUGGGCAAAUUGGAAAAAUCUAAAAAAGUAUUAUAUUAUGAUUAUAAUUGGGAUGAAAUUUCACAGAAGAUUCAUAUUGACAUUCACAGUGGUUUAACUCUCAAGGGUCAACAUAAUUCUGAACAAUUAUUGAAUGAUUUUUUAAUUUCUGAAUUUAAUGACUCCACUGCUAUUUUCACUGAUGGUGCUCACGAUGAGCGGAAGAAGUCAUCUGGUGCUGCAUUUUUUAUCCCUGAGCAUAACUUUAGAUAUGGGAUUAGGAUUAAUGGAAUUAAGUCCCCUAUUUCCACUGAAAUGACUGCUAUUGCUUCUUCUUUGAAACACAUAGCUGCUUCUGAAAUUUCGAAGGCUAUAAUUAUUACCGAUUCUCGUUCAGCUCUUCAGGGUAUUCAAGAUGUUUUCAGGACCAAAAGUACUCAUCCUUUAAUUCUUAAGAUUAUUAAGAUGGUAUAUUCGAUCUUGGAAUUGGGGAAGGUGAUUGGUUUACUAUGGGUUCCUUCUCAUUCGGGUAUUAUGGGCAAUUUAGAAGCUGAUAGAUUGGCUAAGUUGUCUAUGUAUCUGAAUGUUGGUCCAAUUGGAAAUGCUUCCGUUUUCGAUUUUAAAGAUCUAUUAUUUAAUGAUUAUAAGAGCUGGUAUAGAAGCCUCUGGCCUCAUGCAAGGAAAGUUAAUUCAGCUAUUAAAUAUUUUUCACGUAUUGGCUUUAAAGAUAAAAGACCUUGGUUUCGUGGUUAUGAUGCUCCAAGAAGGGAAAUCAAUGCGGUUACUAGGCUGAGGACUUCUCAUGUGUGUACUGGUGAGCAUUUUAACAAAAUGAAUUGGAGGAUUGACGUUGGCUGUCAAUGUGGAUUUGAUCUGAAAACCUUGAGACAUCUUUUUAUUGAGUGCCCAAGGCUUUCAAAUGGAAGACCGGCUUUUUUCAGUUUCUUGUCAACAAAAUAUUCUAGUUUUAACACUGAUACUUUCGAUUUUCAGGCGAUUUUUUUUUUUGCUAAGUGUUGAUUUUGUUAUAGAAUUGGGUAAAUACCUUCAUUCUGGGAAUGUGAUUCUUUAGUUAUCUUAUUUCUGUUGUUUUUUAGUUAUCAUUAAUCUAAUUUUAAAUUUAAAUAAGCUUGGCGGGGGUCGAAAGUCUUGACUUUAGCAGUUGACUUCCUUCCCCCUCCAAAUUUUUUUUUCUCUUAUUCCCUCCUUACACUGAGAGAAAUGGAUAGUAAGAAUUUGAUAGUAAAAAAAAAGAUUGUACAAGGUACCAUCAUUGUGUUACUGACAAGAAUUUACUAUGAACAUUUUACUAUCCAAGAUGUUACCCAAAGACGUAAAAUGUGUUAGCUUUUGGAUUGUAGUCAGUACUAUCAAAUAUUGCAAAAAUUAAAUGUGAGCGCAUGCGCUGAUUGUGGUGUAUACUUCGCCUAUUCAAUUGGGGUCCUAGUGUUUUCACGCACGUGUUUAUACAUAGUGAAAAAAGUUGUGAAUAAAAAAAUGGACGAAUUCGUUAAAAAUGUAUUAAUGUCAUGGAAUAUGGAAUCUUUGAUUCCAUCUUUUGGAGGUAGGUUUAUUAUUUUGAUUGAAUUAGCGAAGACUGAAGUGUGAACGUGUUUAUAACCUCAAAACAAUUUUGCGUUGUUUAGACGGUGAAAUUGAUGAAGAAACGUUUAAUUUACUGGACAAUGAUACAAUAUCACUCAUUAUUCCAAAACCAGGGCCUCGCUUAAAAUUUUUUAAAAAAUUUCAAGAUUACAAAAAUCAAAAUCUGUCUAACAAUUACAAAAUUUUGGCGACUGCAGAAAAUCCCAUCAUUUCAAGGGAUAAUGUAAUAGA